CAUGAUGACAUCUAACACUUUGACAUGUUUUGUUUUUAUUUUUUAAGAUAUUAAAAUAUCUACUCAAUCAUAACUAUUACAGUGUUUACUUUGUACGUAUCGAAAAACAAACAUACUGUCUUAUAUCUGAUGCAAAAACACAUAUGUAUUAAAUAGAAAAACAUUGUCAAUUGAUGUGGAAAUAAUGGAACUUUUUUGAAGCUAAAAUGUUGAUCCAAGUAAACAUCAAUAUCUUUUUAAUAUUUCUCGCUAUUCCUAUUGUAGCAACAGAAAGUGAUCCGUAUUCUAAAGAGCCAUACCGACCUUUGGGUCCUCUGGUAAAAUGUAACUUUUUGCCUUUGGAGUUUCUGGACUGUGACGACCCCGUAGACCACAAAGGAAACGUGUCAGCCAAGGCAGCCGUAAGUCACGGGUGUUUGAAGUUCGGUGGAGUGAGAUACGAGAAAGUGGAAAGAACAAAAGUUCAGUGUAAAGUGUUAGAUGGUAUUGAAUGUUUUGGUUCCCGCAGCUUUCUGCGUGAUGGUUUUCCGUGCGUGAGAUACUCUGGACAUUACUUCACGACUACGUUGAUAUACAGCAUAUUACUUGGAUUCCUUGGUAUGGAUAGAUUUUGCCUUGGGCAAACAGGCACAGCAGUUGGCAAGCUCUUAACUUUGGGUGGUCUAGGUAUUUGGUGGAUUGUUGAUGUAAUUCUCCUCAUAACUAACAGUCUCCACCCAGAGGAUGGUAGCAACUGGAAUCCUUAUGUUUAAAAGACUGGUGUUAGUAUAAAAUGUGGUCAAUCUUGGUAAAACUAGUAACUAUCAACUGUAACCAAAUAGAGAAAGAUGUACUAUAAUUAUUAGUUUGUGUAAAUAAAUAAAUUUA